AUGAACUGCGAAAAACAGUCUAAUCCGAAAAAUAAUACUCACAACUUAUCAGGCCUGACACUCAACCUGUCUCAAGCAUCGUUGCCGAUCGGUCCAACACUUGUUCCACAGAUUAUUUCACCUGUCAAGUCUGAAGAAUUAGCCUCAUUUGUUGGAGAGAAUGAAAAUCAAGCAAAAGGAUUUGUCUCAGGCUAUGGUGAAAGGUUACCUGGUGUGAAUUUGAUGUCUUCAGACAAUGUUCAUACGGAAGACACGAAGUCCCCCCCUCUUGCCUUACCCAAACCCUCGGGUCCUAUGGCAGUCAAAUCGGGUCAACGACCUCGUUAUGUCUUACCACCAGAUAUCAGCACUGUUACUUCUAGAACUUCAACAGCAACAAACAUUCCCCACAUGCCAUGCAAUCCAUUUCCACCUAUACCUCCAGCUCCCGAACCGAAUCAAAUGUCUUCCCUGUUAAUUCCAAGCAAUCCAUCAGAUGAUAUAAAAACUGCUUAUACUUCUUUGCCAUCGGGAACAGACCAGGUUACACAAUCUUAUUCUCAAGUAGCUAAUCCAACAUCAAUAAUAUCGUCUUCCAUGCCGACAGCCGCAUAUCAUCCAGUUGGAGGAUAUUGGUUCUACUCUACAAUCUUUGAUAAUAUAUCUAUAUGGUGGCCAUUCUCACGUCAUGAUUCUUAUCAAAUCGAAACAGAAUUCUUUCGUUCUUAUUGUUUAUCGUCUACAUCAAAUGCUGAUGAUUUGUCUUCUACAUCUGGAACGAAUGAAAAUCAAGAAAUAAUUGUUCAAGUUGAUGGAGGUCGGUAUGAUGUUUACGUGAAGAAAAGGGAACGACGAUCAGUUUAUUGGGAAGAACAGCCAAGUGAAGUUCGAAGAGCUACAUGGUUUUAUAAACCUCAGGGUGAAUCACGUGUAUUGCCUUUUUCCGAGCGCAUAUGUGAUCUAUUGGAAGCUCAGUAUAAACUGAGUGUAGAACAAGGUCAAUGGGGUAAACGUUUUGAACUGCCAUCAGAAGAUAGACGCGGUGGUAAUGAUGUAUUUAUUUUCUAUAGUCCACAAUCAAUGAUACAGUACUUAGCAUGGCCUUAUGACUUUACUUCAACUAAUUCAGAGAGUCGUGUUGUCGCCAGCUCUUCUUCACCCUUAAUUCAAUUAAAUCAAAGUCAGUUAUCACAAGAGGUGAAUUUAACCGGUCAAGUAUUUGAAGGCCGUCUUUGUCACAUACAUCGGGGUUUAACUGAACACUUAAUGGAGCAGAUUGAUGAAGGUGAUUAUAAGCCAAUUGAUCAAUUAUUUUUUAUUGUACAUGGUAUUGGUUCAAUGUACAAUGUAAAAGGACAAGGUUUAAUUGAAUGUGUCAAUGAUAUGAGGCGUACAGCAAAACAGUUGAGUCAAUCACACUUCCCACAUCAUCCAUAUCGUGUAGAAUUUUUGCCUAUUCUGUGGCAUGAUGAAUUACACUCAGAUACUGUUACUGGGUUAGAUAAACAGUUGGAACAAAUCACAUUGGGUAGUAUACCGAAACUACGACAGUUUACAAAUGAUACACUGAUGGAUAUAUUGUUUUACACAAGCUCUAAAUACUCGCAGCUGAUUGUUAAUACAGUGGCAAGAGAGAUUACACGAUUACGUAAUCUGUUUCUGUUGCGUAACCCGAAAUUCUCGGGUAAUAUAUCUAUUAUUGGUCAUAGUUUAGGUGCUGUUAUAUCAUUCGAUUUAUUAUGUCAUCAAAAUAUUUACAAUCCAUCCUGUACUGCAACAGCCGGGCAAUUAUCAUCAAUUUCAUUAUCUGAAACAUACGAUAGUACUGUGGAUAGUAAUGUUGUCACUACACAUAGCACCGAUACACAGUCUACAACAAUGGGUGAAGUAGAUUAUGUUGACGAAUUACUUAGUGAUGUGUUAGUAAAAGCCAACCUGACAACAGGUAUAACUUCAUCCACCUCUGGAACAACAUAUACUACUACUGCCAGCACUAGUAGUAGUAGUAGUAGUACUAAAACUACAAAUAUUUUCGUUACUUCCAGUAACAGUAGUAAGAAUUCAAGCAAUUUUAACAAUUCUACAGCUGUCUUCUCAAUGUCGUCAACUUGUCCAGUGAAAGAUGAUAAUACCUUCUCAUUAAAUACACCGAUAAAUGAAGAGAAUAAAAGUGAACAUAGCAGUACAUCUGGUCAAAAUGAUAUGGAUGGAUGGUCUAUAGUUGACUAUAAUCAAAAUAAUAAUAAUAACAAAGGUCAUACUAAAAGAAAGACAAACAGUGACAUUGAUUCUGUUAAAUGCCAGUUGGAUUCAAUGUUAAAUUUAUCAUCAAAUAAUGCUGAUAAUAAUAAUCUCAGUCAUCUGAGUCAGUUAUUACUACAGAAUGGAUUAAAUGUUGACCAAAUACACAAUAUUAUACAUUCAUUGAUCAAAUUGGAUAAAGCUAAUAAGAAUAAAACAACAAUAACAACAACAACAACAGAUGAGAAUUCAUCUACAAUUACAUCAUCAAAUGAUCCAGCUUGUCAUUUAUCAACGACAGAUAUAACUGAUGUCGGUGCUAUUACAUCACACUCAACACUGACAUCAUUUUGGUUAGAGAAUCAUCGUUUCUGUUUAAGCCAAGCCAAUAAUAAUAAUAGUAAUGCGAAUUAUGUUACAGCUGGAUUUGGUAUUGCUUUACCGAAUUAUCCACAAUUAGGCUUUAAUAUUUCUGGUUUGUAUACACUUGGUUCACCGAUACCAUUGUUUUUAACUGCACGUGGGAUAAGAACAUUGAGUAGAGAAUUUCGUCUACCUACAUGUUCAACAUUCUAUAAUAUAUUUCAUCCAUUCGACCCAGUUGCUUAUCGGAUGGAAAUGUUAAUUGAUUCAGAGUUCCAACAAAAAGCUAUUCUCAUCCCUCAUCAUAAAGGUCGUAAACGUAUACACUUACAGUUGAAAGAUAAUUUAGCCUGGGUCGGUUCCGAGUUAAAAAGUAAGCUGUACAAUUCAGUUCAGUCAACUUGGCGUAGUCUACAUGAAUUUGCUUUAGCUCAUAGAUUUAUUGGUACAUCAAGUGAAUCGUCAACUGGUGAUUGUUACCCGCCUAGAUCUGAGUCGUCUACUGCAUAUGGUGAUAGUCUACGCAGUGGUGUUGGUGAUGAAGUUGAUGGUGAGUCAGAAGAUUCAGGUGCUUGUGAAGAUGGCUCAACUACUUAUCGUAAUUUAAUUGAUCAAGAUGUAACUUUUAAUAGUCAACUUAAUCAAGGCAGACGUAUGGAUUAUGUCUUGCAGGAGGCUCCAUUAGAAAGUUUCAAUGAAUAUCUUUUUGCACUGACAAGUCAUGCAGCUUACUGGGAUUCAAUAGAUACUGUAUUAUUCAUACUAACCGAAGCCUAUUCUGAACAGGGUAUAAUGCCUAUAAUGCCAGGUCAGAAGAGUAUCCCUCAAAAUACAAUUCGUGUAGGAGCAUUGUCCCCUCCACCCCCGCCCCCUCCUCCUGCUUCUACGCGGUCAUCGCCUCCUGUUCAUUCGGUUGCUGCAUCAGCUGUAUGUAGAAAUAUAAAUCCUGAUGAAAUGCCUUCGCCUUCACAGUUUGAUCAUACAGCACCGUUGAAUACCUUCAAUCAAAUUAAUGCUGCAAUGUGGACAAGUGUUUCGGAAACUAUCACCACUGAUAGUCCUUCAUGUAUUGCUAAGAAUCCAGCACAAAUAUCAUCAUCAUAUUUCUUGCCAUCCCCAGUCACCACCACCACUGCUGCUGCCGAUACUACUACCGUAGCUGUUAAUGAGGGUACUAGCAGUUCUUACUUCCAACCAUCAGUCGGACAUCAGUAUCUCUCUACAGAUUUGCUAUCAACAAUUGAUAAUUCAACUCAAAAGUAUUCCGCUCCCCAAGCGUACAGUUGUAAUCCUCCAGAAUCCUCGAAUAAAAGUGGCAAUUCAACUCAAGUACGUCGACAGUAUCCGAGUGUUCCAACCUAUGCUCAUCAUAAACCAACUUCAAUGGUCUAUCCACCUGCUACUACUCCUCCUAAUCUCAGUUUUAAUCCAACUGCAAUGCAAUAUCCUGCAGUAGUGCCAACAACUGAAAUAGUAUAUCAUCCAACAUCCUCAGGGCAACUGGUAGCCUCUAGUAUUUGUGAUACAACAUACACUCCUUGCACGAAUAUUUCUGGUUUGGGAGGUACAAAUUUACAAUCAACAGCAUAUGCUGCAGCAACGACUGUACCGUCUUUCCAAAUGCCACCAUUACCUCCACCACCACCUCAUGGACUUUUACAGCCACCAUCUUUUGGUCACCCUAAUUAUUAUCAUUAA